AUGCCUGAAAGAAGCAUCUUGAACUCAAGGAAAGUCCUCGUAUCUGGCGGCACAGGAUUCGUGGGCGCUGGUAUAGCGCGCAGCUUGGCGGACAAACACCCUGGUUGCACCAUUACUAUCAUUGACCUGAGUCCGCCGCAGCCCCAAAAUGCCUUGCCAGAGGAGAUUGAAUUCGUGCAAGUCGAUGUCACUUCAAUGGCUGAAGUGAGAAAGACACUCCAAACGUUCAAGCCGGACAUUGUCAUUCAUACUGCAGGGAUCGUGCCAGCUCUUGCCGACCGGUUUGGACGGCGACUGGAACGCGACGUAUGGUGGACCAAUGUCCAGGGUACAAAAAACAUGGUCGAUGCAGCCGUUGAAUGUGGCGUCAAGGCGUUCAUCUACACCAGUUCCUGCUGUGUGACGACAGAUGACAUGAGGUUUCCUUAUCCCAACAUUAACGAGGAAUGGCCAACGUCACCGACCUCUCUGAUAUAUGGCGAGUCUAAGGCUGCAGCAGAGGCUCUAGUCCUGCAGGCGUCCAGCGGUCAAAUGGCGACCUGCUCUCUCCGGCCCUCGGUACUCUUUGGACCCGGAGACUACCAGCUGAUUCCAUCCAUUCACGCGUGCAUUUCCAGAUAUCAGACUCCAUUCAUCAUUGGAGAUGGAUUCAAUCUGUGGGAUGUCACGCAUGUGAGCAACGUCGCCGAUGCUCAUGUCCUCGCUGCAGAAAACUUGAUAACAUCGCGUACCGCGGCGGGUGAGGCAUUCUUCAUUCAAAAUAACGAACCGAUCACAUUUCGUGAUUUCUGCCUGGCCAUCUGGGCACAGUUCGGGCAUGUUCCGCCCUUCGAAAUUCAUAUCCCGGAGGCACUGGCGUAUGUGGCAGGGUUUGUGUGUGAAUUGGCCACUUGGGCAACGAGAUCUUCCACUACCCUGAGCCGUGGAAGUGUCCGGGAUGCAUGCGCCAUGCGAUAUGCCUGCGGCGAUAAGGCCAAGUUCAUUCUGGGGUACGAACCUCGGAUUGGCAUUGAAGAAGGUAUCCGGUUGAGCUGUGAGGAGUACGCUCAUCGCAUCGGAGUAAAUCUACCACUACAUCGACCCUAA